GCCAUGAGACUUCACUGGAGGGCUCCUCUUUAACUCAUUGGACCUUUUCUAUUCUUUUUCUUAUCUUUUUUAACAAUCAAGACUUUGCAGAUUGGUUUUAAUAUAAUGCUCUAGAUUUAAUGGUUGCUUUUUAACAUAACUGAACAAUAAUUUGAAGCUUUACUUUUGCUUCUGCCACCAGUGGAUGUGGUCAGUGCUUACUGAAUCCCAACAUUCAGGUAUUUUUUGAGGAGUGAAAACUGUUGGAGGAGGAAAACUUGCUUCACAGACGUUAUUCUGAGACUGAAUCUUCAUUCUUAAGGAAUUUGUUUUGACACACCCAUCUUCACAUAAGCUGAGCGAUCAUGGAAGACUUCCCAUCCAAGGUUACCACGGAGACCAGCUCGCCCCACUCUCAGCAGGGGGGCAACAGCCUCGGAGGACUGGCUACACAGGUCACCACUAUGAUGGACAUAUCCUUCAUCCGAAGCAUCCCAGCCAUCCUCAUGAUGGCAGAAAUAUUUCUGGGGCUGCUCCACUGGGCGCUGAUAGCCAGCACCUACUACUCUGUGGUGCCAGCGUAUGGUUGGGUGAUGUUUGUGGCUGUCACUCUGUGGAUCCUCACCACCAUCCUCUUCUUCAUGAUCCUGUUCGGCGCCCAGCAAAAGCUCACCGCUGUCCCCUGGCUGCUGACGGUGAUGGUGUACCACGGCGUAGCCACGGUCCUCUAUCUGACCGCCUUCCUGACCAACGCGGCGUCUGUGCAGCCCUUUUUCCACAGCUAUUUCUAUGGACAUUUGGCAGCCGCCGCUUUUUUUGGUGCUGUGGUGACGGUGCUGUACGGGGCCAGUGCUUUCUUCUCCUAUCUGGACUGGAGGGGAGAUGGAGGAAACAGUGCCACCAACACAGUGCCGACCUAGGACUCAAACUCUGUGAUGCUGAUCCUGGGAGAAAAAAAACAAACUCCUUCCCUCUCUUUCCCUUAAAUAUUAUGUUUUUUUGAAUAGUCCAGUGUUGAUACUCAACUGCCAGCACAGUGUCAUUUGACUAUUACUGCUGACUGUGGUAACCCAAAUCCUGACCUGAGCUUAACCCCAGCAUUAACAAUAAGAUGAAACCUAAUUCAGACAGAUGAUAUCUAUACAUUGCUCUUCAGUCAAACUCAAUAAACUUUGAUUUUCACAUUCUGAAAAUGAAUUUCACAGUGUAUCAGGACUGGACUAUUGAUACUGUAUCUCAACAACACAACACUUUUAUGAAGGGGAUCUGGUCAACUGUCCACAAAAUCAGGCCUUCCCAAUAACAGUACAUUAAUCAUACAAAUAAAGCCAAUAGUGUCAACAGUUAACUUCUUGGUGAGACCAUGGGUUCAGAAUAAACAUAUUUACAAAAGUCAAUGAAGUUAAUGAGGUAAAACAUGAAACAUGUUGUCUUUGUGCUGUUUUCAGUUGAGUAUCUGUCAUAAAGGACUAGCAAAUGAUCACAUCCUGUUUUAUUAAAGUUUCACACAGUGUUUACACAGAGGUUAAGGCUACUUUAAUCAUAGUAAACACCUCUUUACAAUCUGCUGUUUUUACCAUCUCUCUCAAAUCUUCAAUUGUUAAAUCACUUUAAAAGAAGCUCACGCUAGACCCACCUAUUAUUAAUAACAACUGACCAAUCUCUCACCUCCUGUUCCCAAAGCAAAAUGAUUUAAAAAGCCGUCCACAAGCAGUUAACGGACCAAAGCGCAGGAUCUCUGCCAGUCUGGCUUUUGCCCCAAUUUUAGUGCAGUAACAGCGUUGGUCAAAAUUAUUAAUGAUUUAAGACUAAAUAUUGACACUGGUAGUUUCUAUUUUAGUAUUACUGGAUAGAAGUGUGGUAUUUGACAAUAUCGAUCAUGGUAUUUUACUGGGGAGAUUUGUCUGGGCUGGCCUAUCUGGGUCAGCACUGGGCUGGUUUUCAUCACACCUCAAAAGUUUUGAUGUUAGUGCUCGUCUUGGGAAUUUCAGCUGGAUUGGACUAAAAUUGGGUGCAUAGCCAGCAGACAGGAUACGUGCUUUAAAUAGUCCCAGCAGUCUCUGGAAAGCGUCACACGGGUCAGAAACCUUGCGGUCAUUCUGGACGCUGACCUCAUUUCCAGAGUCGCAUUAACAGCAGAGUCCAGACUGGAUUUGAUCAUUUCAGAAAUCUUGUGAAGGUGAGGAGCUUUUUAGCUCAGGAAGAUCACAGCAAUAUUUAAAAAGCGUGUCAAUCCACUGCGGCUGCUCCAGAACGCAGCUGCCAGAGUUUGAACUAGACAAAGGAAAUAUGACCACAGCUGUGGUGAGGUCGUCAUGCUGCCUUCACAGCACACUUUAGAAUUAAUUUUCAAAUUCUAAUGCUUGUUUUUAAGGCCCUACACAGCCUGGCACCCCAGUGUCUCUCUGACAUGCUGCUGAGCUAUGAGCCCUCGGGUCAUCUGGACCAGACCAUCCAGUUAUUCCCCGGGCCUCCACGAAAACUGCUGACACUGCUUUUAGCUUUUAUGCUCAGGGCGACUGGAACAUCCUCCCAGUUCAUGUUAGGUAUGCUUCAUCUUUCAGAACUAAACUGAAAACAUCCCUUUUUAGCUGCACCUUUCAGUAGUCUGGUGUGCAGGUCAUAUUACUUCUUUCAUUGGUUUUGACUCAUGUGUCUCAUUUUUCAGUUGUCAGCUUUCUUUUUGCUUUUUACUGGUCAGUUCCUGGUUUUAAUUAUCUUAUUUUAAGUCACAUGUAUUAUUUGUUUGUUUUAUUCGUCUCUGCUUAUGUCUAAUGUUCUGUCUUUACACUCCACUCACAUUGUGCCUCAGCCUGGAAUGAAACGUGCUGUGUAAGUUUUGCUUGCUGGAAGCUGGAAGCUAAACUAAUGGCUGCUGGAUGCAGCUUCAAACUCAACGUGCAAAGUGGCAGCAGAUAACAUUUCCAACAUGUUAAACUAUUCCUUUAAAGUAAGCUCACCCAACAAUGCAACAAGAUGUUAAAAUGCAAAACAAAACCAAAAAAGUGAUUUGAACUGCAGAGUAAAUGCAGUUAUGUGUUCAUAUUCUGAAUAACACAUUCUGCCACUCUCACAAAUCUUGAUAAUUUUUUUAUCAUCAAUAAUAAUAAUGUAUUAUAAUUAUUCAGAAUUUAGAAUAAAUUUGAAUACAUCUUGUUUACAGAGUGUGGUUGUUCUUGCAUUGGUUAGUCUGGUGAGUACAGUACUGAAGUCUGUACCAGAACAACUCCAUGUCCUAACGUGUGUGUCUCCUGUGUUAGCUUUCUGUCUGGUGGCACUGAUAACCUGACACUGCAGUGAAGAUGCUGUGAAGAAUGCCUGUAAGCAGUGUCUGCAGGAAUCCACUUUGAUUUCCUGUGCUGAAUAUUCAGGCUCCCAUAGAAACUCAUGAGCCCAUGAUCCAAGCCAAAAAUUGAAAAAUGUACAUGCAAAAAUUGACUGUUGUAAUCAAAUGUAUUUAAACAUGCUGUAGGACAUUAAUGACUUAAUGAAUAUCAUCCACUGAGAAAGAGUGUGGAGCAUAUUUUUUGAUCUAUACAAUACAGCGCUGAAUUCCUGUUGUA